CGCACUGAACCAUAAAGAAAUCCGUGUCGGUUUGCACAACCUCUAUCUCGACUGUUAUGGGCGUCAGGUGUGCCCGCUACUUUAUUUGAAACUAUUGCACGACAUCUGGAAACUCCCUGAUGGCUGGCUUAUUGGCGCAGAUUGCACAGGUGAAUUCCAUGCGACCUGGCAGUGUGGCCUUGGUGGCUAUCCUUGCGUCGUUGAUCUACUUGAUCUCCAAAGCGAUUUACAAUGCCUACUUCCAUCCGCUCGCCAAGUUCCCUGGACCCAGGUUUCGAAAUGCGACCCCUUUCGUGCACCACUACAGAAACUUCCAUGGCGACCUGGUGUUCGAAUAUGCCAAGCUUCAUAAAAAAUAUGGGCCGGUUGUGCGGGUGGGUAUCAAUCUCUUGAGUUUCAAUUCGCCUGGCGCCUGGCACGAGAUAUACGGGUAUCGGAGUGGCCAUCGAUAUUCCCAGAUGGAAAAGGAUCCCGAUCAAUAUGAGAGACAACCUGGGAGAGAUUGGAGCAUUCUAAAUGCACCAAGUCCUAUGCAUUCGCGGCUUCGAAAGCUGUUCAGUCCAUCGUUCUCUGAAAAAAGCCUCAGGGGUCAGGAGCCAAUGAUAAUGCGCUACGUUGACCUUCUGGUUAUCCGACUGAAAGAGCGGGUAGGGCAGAAGGUCGACCUAGCGGCCUGGAUGAACUAUACCACUUUCGACGUCAUCGGAGACCUUGCGUAUGGCGAGUCGUUCGGGUGCCUUGAGAACGCCAAUUUGCACCCAUGGAUCAAACUCACGUUCGACUUUCUUCGCGCAGUGGUGGUCGUCCAAUGUCUUCGGCUGAUCCCAGGGGCACUCUGGCUUCUGAACGCUGUUUUGCCGCCCAAGAUCAAGAAAGGUAGGGAUGACCAUAUCGCACUAACGACGGCGAAAGUCCAGAAACGAAUCCACAUGGAGACCUCACGACCGGACUUCAUGGGCGAGAUUUUAGAGACAAUGGGAGAUCCCGAAGGGUUGUCGGUUUCGGAGAUGGAGGCGAAUUCCGAGGUGCUUAUUAUCGCGGGCAGCGAAACUACCGCGACUCUGUUAUCGGGAUGCUUCUAUUACCUGUUACGGACCCCGAGAGUCUAUCGGAAAUUGGUCAAGGAGAUCCGUGGGACUUUCAAGAAUGAAGCGGACAUCAGCUACGAUAACGUCAGCAAGUGUCGGUACAUGACCGCUGUGCUGGAGGAGUCUCUGCGGAUUUAUCCCCCAAUACCGACAUCAUUGGGUCGUGUGGUCCCUGGCGAAGGCGAGUACAUCGACGGCAUAUGGAUUCCUGGCGGAACGGUGGUGGGCGUUUCGCAUUGGGCGUCGUACCAUUCCGACACCAACUUCCGUGACCCAUACGAGUUCGUGCCGGAGAGAUUCCUCGGAGACGAGCGAUACAAAAACGAUCGCUUUGAUGUUCUGCAUCCGUUUAGCAUGGGACCAAGGAAUUGCAUUGGAAAGAACAUCGCGUAUCUAGAAAUGAGGCUUAUUGUUGCCCGCCUAAUUUGGAACUUCGAAUUCCAACUCCUGCCAGAGAGUGAAGAUUGGAACGAUCAGAAGGUCUAUGUGCUGUGGGCGAAGGGACCGUUGCACGCAAAGAUAUCCCUGGCUCCCAGGGACGGAGUGAAGAAUUGAAAAAAAGGGGAGCUGAACUUAGUGUGAAUCCCGUAAAUGGUUGUAACCCGAUAGAGAAGCGUGAAGAGUGCAGGUGGAGGGAACCGAGAUUGGGUACAUACUCUUCCAUAUUACUUUUAGUCGGCGUUUGGAAAUACGCCAUGGAUACCAUACUCCGUACCAGUACCUAUUCAUGCCACAAGCCCAUGGAGCUGCGGAUUCACGGGCACGCGUGGCGUGAGUAGCAACAGACGGGAAUAACUGCUGAAAGUGAGACGAACCACAACACUUUUAGCCUUAGCACCGUGUAAUA